AUGAAGGAGCAGCAACAGCAGCAGCAAAAGCAACAGCAGCAACAGCACCAUCAGCACAGGGCAACCCAGUGUAACCACUACAGUCAAUGCCAGCAGCAGCAGCAGCAGCAGCAGCAACACCAGCAGCAGCAACAGCAACAGCAGCAACAGCAGCAGCAGCAGCAGCAACAGCAGUACAGUGUAUGUUAUACUCUUCGUAUCAGCAGGGCAACCCAGUGUAACCACUAUAGUCAAGGCCAGCAGCAGCAACACCAGCAGCAGCAACAGCAACAGCAACAGCAGCAGCAGCAGCAACAGCAGCAACAGCAGCAGCAGCAGCAGCAGGGCGUACAGCUGGUAGGUGCACACAACUGCUGCUGGCGGCAUGUCGGUGCAGCAGCAGCAGCAGCAGCAGCAGCAGCAGCAGGAGGGGCAGAUCAGCGACUGUUGCUGCCGCUGCAGCAGCAGCUGCAGCAGCAGCAGCUGCAGCAGCAGCAAAGGGCCCCUUCUGUCUCCCAAUGCAGCUUCAAUACUAAAAAGAGGGCCAUCAAAGAGGAGACAAAGACAGCAGCAGAAGACACGGAGACACCGCAGCAGCAGCAGCAGCAGCAGCAGCAGCAGCAGCAGAACAGCAGCAGCAGCAACAGCAGCAGCACAGAGACUGAAGAGGAGCAGCUAGAAAGGAGGGUGCCAGCAGACAAGGAUUAUGGCUCCUUAGAUCACCGCUGGGGGUUACUGCUGCUGCUGCUGCUGCUGCUGCUGCAGCUGCUGCUGCUGCUGCUGCUGCUGUUGCUGCUAGGGAAGCAGCUAAGGCAACACCACAACCCCACCAGGCAGCAGCAGCAGCAGCAGCAGCAGCAGCAGCAGCGGCGGUGGCGGGUGUUGCUACGCGAGCAGCAGCAGCGUGUCUAUGCAGUAACAAUAUAA